AUGCCUUUACGUUUUAUUCCUUACAAUGUUAAUUCUGCUAACAGAAGCGUUCGUAAAAAGAAUGAAAAAUUACCAGAAGUCAUGAAGAUAUAUCCUAACAUCACCCAAGACAAAGCUUCUAAAAUAAUCAGUGAAAUGUGGUCUAAUGAAUUGCCAGAAGAAUGUUUAAAAUUUAAAAAAAAAGCUAAAGAACUAAAACAUGAACAUACUAUGAAAUAUCCACAACAAAAACCUAAAGGAAAAUA